CUACAGUCAUGAAACGAUUCAUGAACAUGGUCAAACUGAAGAAGCCAGAAGAUGAAAUCCAGCCUCCGGACCACAGAAAAGGCCUGGAGAUCGUGGAGCAAAAAGUCGACCUUCUGAUCGUGGACGUAGAGACGGGACUAAAGAGGGUCAAAGAAGAAAUCGAGAAGAUCGACCCGUCAGGAGAAACUGCAACCGAAGAGGCGACCAGAUACUUCAAGAGCCUGAGACAAAUAGUAGACGACAGGGAAAAGGAGGUUCUUGAAGAGAUCGAGAAGUCUUGCAGGGAAAGAAAGACAGAGCUAAGAUCCCAGAACGCGGCUAUGACCAUACAAAAGGCUGUCUUGAAGAACGCGGCUAACCUGUGCGACGACACCUUAAACCCCGAACGAAACGCCUCAGACCAAGAGUUAAAAGAAGUUAAGGAGAAGAUCAUGAAUAAUUUUCGUCCCAUGUUGGAGAAAACGUAUCCUCCUGUUUCUGGCAUUGUGAAGUUUACGAAGUCUCCGCCACUCGAGGUGUUGGAGAAUUUCGUCGGCAAUGCAGGCGGGGUGUCGAAAAAGAUGGUGGGGCUACGUGACACUCCGAACCUAACAUUUGGCAGGUUCGGGCGACAGAAUGGAGAAUUCGACGGGCCCACCGGCAUGGCAGUCCGGCCAAGCGGCCACAUAGCGAUCGUAGACCAAGGCAACAGCCGGGUCCAAGUUUUCGACGACCAAGGCAACUUUCUCAAAGCUUUCCGCACCAAUUCUAAGAUCUCCAUGGGGCUGGACGCAGACGACGAUGGGAACUACUUCAUCACCUCUUGGUCAGACGAAUGUGUAAUGAAGUUCACCAAAACGGGCGAACUGGUCAACAAGUAUCCUCUGGAGAACGGCAAGACCAGAUUCAACCCCUGCGGACUUAAAGUCAUUUCCGAAGAGUUCAAGAAGCAGAUACCGCUCCUGAACAAGGAACCUGGCCAAGUAUUGGUUGUCGUCGACAGCCACAGUAACAGUGUCCUCCUUGUGACGGUGGAUGGUGGGAAGUUACGCAUCGUGAAGCAAGUAGGAGAGGAUAAGUUAGAAGCGCCGAGGUACGUGGUGGUGGAUCAGAAACGUCGCCUCAUCUUAGUGACCGACAUCGAAGACAACGAGGUUGUGGCGUUCAACUUCGCCGGGGAAGAAGUGUUCAGUUUCGGGCAGCAAGGACCUGAGGAGGGGGAGUUCGAGGGACCAUCGGGGAUCGCCAUCGACAAGCAGGAUCAGACCAUCAUUGUGGCCAACCACUAUGACAGCAGGAUUCAGAUAUUCAAGUACGAUACGUGCGAGGAUGGGCUUACGCUGUCAUACCAGAAGACGAUCGCUAGGCGGCACUUGGGUAGCCCCUACGACAUGUGCGUGUCCCAGAAUCGUUUCGUACUGGUGGCGAACUACCGCACCAACUGCGUGGAAGUGUAUAGGUACAAACUAUAA